AACGGAUGUGUCUCGAUUUUCUUUGAUUGAUUAUAUAGGAGCAGAUGGAUGGAGUGGAUGGAUUCCUUCUAAGCCAGAUUACAACGAAGACGAGACUUCAUUUCGGAACCACUUGCGGGAAGUGAUUUCCGCAACCAGACGCACCAUUUUCGAGAAACACUCGAAUUCUGCGCAUCAUCAACAUCCCAGCGGAACCUCGAUAAACUCCUUACUUUAUCGCUUGGGCAACAAUUCGGAAACGAGCCGGUUAUUCGUCCCAUCGUCUUCAUCGGGGUCCUCGUUUCUGACCGAUGCCCCAGAAGAGCCCAGGAUGCUGGGUCAAUUCAUUUCCAACGGGGUUAAACCGGGUCACGACGACGACAACGACGGAAACGAGGCCACUGCUGCUGCCCAUGUGGAUCCCAAGUUCCCGACACCCACGUCAUCAUCAUCAUUAUCAUCAUCAACGCCUUCGUCGUCAUUAUCGGCCCGGGAAAGAGAGUAUGAGAAGCUUGCAAAACUUUUCCUACGGGUUGCUGAGCAGUUCAAGGAGAACCGCGGUUAUUCAGCCGGUUUUGGCGCCUCGGAUGUUCCUGGAGGAAGCAGCUCAAGCAAACCUGCUGCUGAAGGUUUGAUGCUUACGAACAAUAGAAGGCGACACUCGUUCAAUCCCGAUUUUCACGUGGCCCAGCGACUGAUGAAACCUCAGCAUAAAGUUCGUCAUCAUCAGAAACUUGAUGAAUCUUUGAAAGCAGAAACAAUUAUGCAACCACGAAUGCCAAAUUCUGCCAUCCACAUGCCCGCUUUUCCGAAAACCGGCCUGGCUUCAUUUUUGCCUGGCACGAGUGCUGUGGCACCCACGAUGACAGAGAGAAGCAGGAUUGAUGGAAAAGGACUGUUAUGGAGGAGAGCUGAUGUUCCGUUGAAAUACAAGGUGGAAGACACAAAAUCACCAGCGCGUCUCGUGAGAAGAAUUGAUGCUUUCCUCCAGACUUUGCCUUCAAGAAAGACGCAAACACAGACAAACGUGAAAGCAGAUCAAGGGGAUGACGAGGAAUUCGUCUCGGAAUCAGCAAAAAAUGAUGAAACCCCCAGAGUUCCAGCGGAAGCUAAUCUUGCUGCGAGAUUCGGACUGAGACGAACGAAAAGCAGACGAAGACACUUUUUCAGAUGACGCCAUUGUUUCCUUUGCUCAACAAUUGUAAAAUGCAUAGAUGAAGAGUCAUCAAUCUCAUCAGCGUAUUCAUUGAUGCAUUAUUAUGUCACCAUAGUGCGAAGGAAAAAUAAAAAUUUGCUAGUGGAAAA